CUGUCUCUCUCUGUCUCACUCUCUCUCUCUCUGUUCAACAGGAUGUAGGAACUUCAUUUUCAGCAGCUGAGGUCUGUUUCCUGAGUGGGUUUGUGAUUUUGGGAGAGAGAGAGAGAGAAAGGAAAAGAGAGGGAAAGCCAGCAAAAGACAGAAGGAAAGUGAGUGACUGAGAGAAAGAGGUAGAGAGAAAGACAGAGAGGGAAGUGAAGGAGAGGGAUAAAUUUAGGAGGAGGGACAGCGAACGAGCCAAACCACGGAAUGCUGUGAUGUCACCGGCCAAGUCAUUUAGAAAGGCAUGAGGGCACUUCCUCUGACUGCAGUCCUCCGGCGAACCAGCUGCUCCCCGCUGCUUCCAGCUGAUGAGUAUCAUCUGAGGGAGGCCAGGGGGGCAUGACCGUCAGCACAGAGGAGCCAUAGAGAGAGCUUUUGUCCAGACUCGUCCCCCGUGGGGCUCUCUCUCUCCCUCUCUCUCUCUCUUCUUGCCUCUCCGUUCGGAAACUCCGCUCCACUCCUCCGAGAAGUUCCCCUCCGAGCCGACAGGAUGCUGCAGCAGAUCUUGAAGGACAUGUACAUCGACCCCGACGUGCUGGAGGCCCUGAGUGAGGAGCAGAAGAAGAUCCUCUUCCUGAAGAUGAGGCAGGAGCAGGUCCGCCGCUGGAAGGAGCGUGAGGACAGGAUGGAGAAGGAAGGGGUUCGCAGCACCAAACCCAAAAAAGCUCACAGUAAGAGCGUGACCUGGCUGCUCGGGCACGAUGGUGACGUGCAUGUCUGUGUGAUUGGGGAAGCGGACGAGCAGAAGCCCUCCAAAUUCAUCUUCUCCGGCCUGGGGGGGCGCAUGACAUCCGGCCUUCACAAUAACUCACGAUCCCAGACAGACACCCUGAAGAGCACCUUGGUAAACAGGCCGUCCUGUGAAGCUGCCAGGCCAGGGAGAGAGAACCUGCCUCCCAAAACACAGACUGGCAUCCAGCUCAAGCUCAAGGAUAACAGUGAAGAUUUGAAGUCAGGGACUCUUCUGCCCCCUCUGCAGCUCGCAGAGAGGUCGCUCCAGUCUUCCCCCGCUGCGGAAAUAAAGGAGAGCCCUGAUUCAGGCAAUCUGCAGGACAGCUCGAAGGACCUGAGCGUCUGCCACCGGCCACUGAACCGCAGCAGCGCCCCGCUGAUCACGGGCAAGCUGAGCACGCUCGACCCGCAGGGGAGGCGGAUCAUCCCGCUGUCAAUCACAAAGAGCCUCCCCCCUCAGGACCUCCUGGAUCAGCAGAGCGACAAAGCUGCAGGUCGAGGUUUCCGAUUGGUCGCAGCCUCUCGACGGAUGGGCGCGGAGCUUGAUGGGGAGGGGGGUCAGGGCGUGGCCCGAGGGAGGGUGGCACAGCUCAUGAAGAACUUCAACGGUCCCAAUGGCACGCACGCCCCACCCUGCUCCAAGCCCCCCGUCCCGACCAAGCCGGCCCACCUGCAGGUGCACGCCUCCCCCUCCCUCAGGUAGUGCCCAGAUGAGGGGCAUACCCGCAGAGACUGUUCCCCUGACCCCCCUCUCAGGACACCCAGACAGGAUGCAAACGUGGGGGCGUCCAAGCACUUCUUCCAUUAACUUAUUUAAUGUCUCCGAUUGGAUGCUUUUAGUUUUGGAAGUGGUAAAUAUCAAAGGAUUUUAUUUUGAGAAUUGUGUCCUAUUUUACACUGUGUGUUUUGGUAUUGGAGUACUGUAAACUGUUCUCAAGAUGGCAAGGAACACCAAAGAAAGAAACUUUUUUUUAUAUUCUAAGUGCUAAGUGAAUUUCACUGGUCACAUUCAGUUAUUUAGACGUUUCAUAUCCAUUCUUUUUGUACAUUUUAAAAUACAGUUUCUUGUCUUUUGUCUUUUCGUGCAUUUUGAAUCUAGAAUUUAUUUUCUGUGGCUACUGCACUGCUGGGUCUCUCUAACGCUUAACUCCAGAGCCGAUCUGGAAACAAUUCACAAAUGUUUCGCUUGCCUUUUCUUGUGGACCCUGGAAGCGACUGAUGACCCGUCGGUACCUGCUGUCUCUGCUCCUGAGCAGCGCCGGUUCACGCACAGGCGAGGUUCUUUUGACAGGCAGGGGAGAUCCAUUCACAAAAAGCUAGUGUAUCGCUAAAUCUGACAGAGGAGCCCAUACCGCUGUUUAACUAAAGAUAAAAGUGUCCACCGGGAGGUUUUAAAGCUGCUCUGGUAUUCGUCGUCAAAUUUUAAAAUGGGGCGAAAAACGUCCUUGUUCUCGGUUUGUGUUUUAUUAAAAUAUACAUACUUGCCACCGUAGCGGAUUACCACACCUAACACUGGACCGUGUGAGAUGGAGGUGGUGAGAGCUCACGCAGCGAGAGAACCAUUACCUGCCUCAUCUGACGCGUGUGUGAUUGAUUGUGUGACUGAUUUUCAUAAUGAUUGGCUUUUGGAAAUUACACGACAAAGAAAACUCAAAACAGAGUGCAGUAGCGGCACUGAGUUGCGUCCCCAGGUAGCGGCUGGCGCGGCCGCGGCGCUGGAACGCAGAGCGACGCUUCUUUCUGGCGCAUCCGCAGCUCCUGGUUCGCAUGAUCCGGAGCUUCCUUCCUCUCCCCGUCACUCA